CCUGUAAAUUCCCAAUUCCUAAAAUUUCAAAAACCUAGCGAUCGAUCCACGUAGCACAGCUGCACAGCGGCGAACUUCUGUUUCCGUCGCCCGCCAUUCCUCAGGCCACCGUCUAUUGUGAUUGGCGAACUCCUCAGUCUCACAGUCCACAGACCACCGCCAGGCUACAGGUCCACCGCGAACUGCUGCUGCCGGCCCGUCGACGUACCUCAGACCACUUUACAACCUGCACGGCAGUAUUUCAGUCGGCAGUCUACACAAGCCAGAACCAGUUGAUAGAGACUUCUUGAACUUCAGAACAACUAUGAUUUACACAGCAAUCGACACUUUUUACCUAACAGAUGAACAACUUAAGAACUCCCCUUCUCGGAGAGAUGGAAUAGAUGAAGCCACUGAGACUACCCUUCAAAUCUAUGGAUGUGAUCUUAUCCAAGAAAGUGGGAUUUUGUUGAAACUACCUCAAGCUGUUAUGGCCACUGGUCAAGUACUAUUCCACCGCUUUUACUGCAAGAAGUCAUUUGCUCGUUUUAAUGUGAAGAGGGUUGCUGCUAGUUGUGUGUGGCUUGCCUCAAAACUUGAAGAGUGUCCUCGAAAAGCCAGGCAGGUCCUCAUUGUUUUCCACAGAAUGGAAUGUCGGAGGGAGAAUUUACCCAUAGAACAUUUGGAUACUUCUUCAAAGAAAUAUGUUGAUCUGAAGGCAGAUUUGAUCAGAACGGAAAGGCACCUUCUGAAAGAGAUGGGUUUCAUCUGCCAUGUUGAACACCCCCACAAAUUUAUAUCAAAUUAUAUUGCAACUCUUGGAAUGCCUGAUGAACUGAGACAGGAAGCAUGGAAUCUUGCAAAUGACAGUUUGCGCACAACUCUGUGUGUUAGAUUUAAGAGUGAAGUUGUGGCUUGUGGAGUUGUGUAUGCUGCAGCCCGUAGAUUUCAUAUACCCUUGCCUGAGAAUCCUCCAUGGUGGAAAGCAUUUGAUGCAGAUAAGGCUGGGAUUGACGAAGUUUGCCGAGUUCUGGCUCAACUUUACAAUCUUCCAAAGGCACAGUAUAUGUCUGUAUGCAAGGAAAGUGGUUCUUUUUCAACAUCAAAUAGAUUAUGGGAUUCACCUUCUCAGCCAAUCCCGAAGGAAGUGGCAUCAAAUGGCCCUUCUGUAAAUGAUGACACUGGUACUCCUAAGGGGGCUUCUGCAACAAUGAGCCAGGAAUCUGGUAAAGAUGCAGUAACCAGGGCUCCUCUUGAGAAGGCAAAGGAAUCAAAGAGUGAUGAAGAGUCUAAAAGCGUGCCUUCUGAAGGAGAGGCAAAGGAAGAACCAGGUUCAAAGUCUAUAACUGUGCAUAAAGCUGAGGCAGGUGGGGAAAAGGGCAAGGACCAAGACAAGGACAGGGACAGGGAUAAGGAUAGAGGCAGGGAGAGGAAGAAGGAAAGAUCAAAGUCAUGGGACCGUGAUAGGGGAAGGGAAUCUGACAGGGAAAGGGAGCGAGAAGAUAUUGAAAGGGAAAGGGAUAGGGCCAAGGGGAGGGGCUAUCAUUCAAGAGACAAAGGGCACCUGGAGAGGUCAAAACGUCACUCUUCUCGAGAUCGUGACUAUCAUAGUUCCUCGUAUUCAUCAAGGGAGAAGGAUCGCCGCAGACAUCACUAGCGUACAAUCUUUGAUCUUGAAGAUGAGUUUGUGUAUUUUUGGCAUUUCAGUUGGCUGGUAGACUGGUAGUUAUGGUAUGAAAAGAGUUUACAGUUGUGGUGCUUAGGUGUUAUCUGCUAUACUUGUUUGUAUAAUUGUAUUACACCGGAUUAUUUAUCUGUAUAAUGAGAAAACCACUACUUUUAGCAAGUAUAUUCAUAGAGGAUCAAACUUAAUUUUUGUUGAA